GCGGCGGUGCCCCGGAUUGAGCGGCGCUGGCGGUCGGAGCGGGCGCAAGUCUUGUUUUUCUCCGCACUUUGGACGCCGUUCAGCACCGAAAGUGGACCCCGGCAGACGCGCCUCGCCUCGCCUCAGCAUCGUCGUCCGUCAUGGAGUCUUACGAUAUUUUAGCGAACCAGCCGGUGGUGAUCGAUAACGGUUCAGGGGUCAUCAAGGCUGGUUUCGCCGGAGAUCAGAUCCCCAAAUAUUGUUUUCCCAACUACGUGGGACGUCCCAAACACGUGCGUGUCAUGGCGGGCGCCCUGGAGGGGGACCUCUUUAUCGGGCCCAAAGCGGAGGAGCACCGCGGGCUGCUGUCGGUGCGCUACCCGAUGGAGCACGGCAUCGUGAAGGACUGGAAUGACAUGGAGAGGAUCUGGCAGUACGUUUACUCCAAGGAGCAGCUGCAGACCUUCUCCGAGGAGCAUCCUGUUCUUCUGACGGAAGCUCCCCUCAACCCCAGCAAGAACCGCGAGAAGGCCGCCGAGGUCUUCUUUGAGACCUUCAACGUUCCCGCCCUCUUCAUCUCCAUGCAGGCCGUGCUCAGCUUGUACGCCACGGGACGCACCACGGGCGUGGUGCUGGACUCGGGCGACGGCGUGACGCACGUGGUGCCCAUCUACGAGGGCUUCGCCAUCCCGCACUCCAUCAUGCGGGUGGACAUCGCCGGCAGGGACGUGUCGCGCUACCUGCGGCUGCUCCUGCGCAAGGAGGGCUACAACUUCAACACCUCGGCCGAGUUCGAGGUGGUGCGCACCAUCAAGGAGAGGGCGUGCUACCUGUCGCUGAACCCGCAGAAGGACGAGACUCUGGAGACGGAGAAGGCUCAGUACGUCCUCCCCGACGGGAGCGCCCUAAACAUCGGACCCGCCCGCUUCCGCGCCCCCGAGCUGCUGUUCCGGCCCGACCUGGUGGGCGACGAGAGCUCGGGCAUCCACGAGGUCCUGGCCUACGCCAUCCAGAAGUCGGACAUGGACCUGCGGCGCACGCUCUUCUCCACCAUCGUGCUGUGCGGCGGCUCCACGCUCAUCAAAGGCUUCGGAGAGAGGUUACUCACUGAAGUCAAGAAGUUGGCACCCAAAGACGUCAAGAUCAAGAUCUCCGCCCCCCAGGAGAGACUCUACUCCACGUGGAUCGGAGGCUCCAUCUUGGCGUCGUUGGACACGUUCAAGAAGAUGUGGGUGUCCAAGCGCGAGUACGAAGAAGACAGGGCGCGCGCCAUCCACAGGAAGACCUUCUAGGACGCCGGCCCCCCCGCACCCGUCCUUCGCCGCCUUCUCGUUGGCCGCCCGCGCCCCGGUCGCCACGCCGACCGCGCCCGCCGCGUGAAGGUCACGUCACACGUGUCCAUAAAAGUCCACGGUUUUGUUUUCUUGUUUUGCUACGGGUCCAUUCCAAAGUUUUCUGUCGUGGGUCACCAUCUAUUCCAUAUCCUUGCUAUUUGGCCGUGUACUAGUACGAGCUUUGCUCUCACUAGAAAGACUAGUAUAUUCUUCAAUAGUAAGAAUGUAUCGCACUAGUAGAACGACUGCCGUGCGAGUCGUCUUUUCCAGUACUGCCUUGCAUGGAAAGCCAUUUGAGCAUUUAUUCAACUAGUAUGCACUUUCUCCACACUAGUAGAAGCAUUUACUAGUAUCAUUUUUCUCCUACUAGUGCCACUUUAGGCCUACUACAAUAACCUUAAGCUUAAUAUCAAGGAUGUCAAAUAAAUGCUCAAGUGGCUUGAAAGAAGUUUGACCCUUUAUUUAACUCGUACACUUUUUGUCCUCAGUAGAAGAACAACUUACUAGUAUCAUUUUUUUCCCCCACUACUCGUUCGACUUUAACUUUAAUAUCAAGGAUGUCAAAUAAAUAUUCAAAUGACUUUUAAGAAGUUGGAACAUUUAUUCAACGAGUACACUAGCAAGACAGUUCAGCGCACUAGUAGUCAUAUUUUUUCCCUCCGCUUAAGUUUAAUAUGAAGGAUGUGGAAGAAAUGCUGCCACUUGCGUGGCAGUAAGACCGGUGAGGAAAAAGAGCAUACUAGUACAUGGACCUUAGGCCGGAUAGCUAGUAUAAGGAAUAAAAGUGCAAACAAUUGAAGCAUCAAAACAAAUGGGAGUCUUUCAUUGAAUUGCAAAACGCAGCAGUCGUCACCUGCUUCCAAUUAGCGAUUCGGGUUCACUGCCGAGAUGGCGGCCAAGCGAGGCUUCCGGACAUUUUUCCGCGACGACGACGAGCACCGAGAAACGAUAUCGGCAUUGUUAUAAUAAUAAUAAUAAUUAUUAUUAUUAUUAUUAUUACUAUCAUCAUCAUCAUCAUGAUUAUUGUAUGAAAGGAAUAAAUAUGUCUGCUGCUCCAA